UGCUGGUGUCACACCAACGCACUUUGUCAACAUGUCUUCCACACGCUCUAGUCAGCCAUGAUGCUACGGAGCUUGCUCACCCAUGCCCAGCCACCCAGUCUCCAGCUACGCACACCUCCCCACCCAUGCCCCGCGGCCGGCGCGGCCAACUGCACGCCGGAACCAUCGGCCUCUUCGACGACUCAGACGAGCUCGAAGUCACUUCACUUAAGAACAACGGACGUGCCGCUCUUCUAGUAGUUCAAAACGCUAAGAAAGCCGCAAGACCCGAGGACGCAAAGCUCACCCGCUACUGUAAACUCGGCUUCCGGCACCGCAUCAUCCACUUCUUCGCUUCCGCGCAAAAAGGCCUGGGGAGACAACCCAGCGCGUGCAUGAGGGGGAACGCCAUGAUGCACAUACCGACGGAGAUGCAGACGUGGAUAUAG